AUGGUUCGCGGCGCAGACUACGACAACGGUGUCCCCCAGAGCGAUAACCCAAUCGAGAACGGUCCCAACAAGGCCCACGGAAUCGGUAAUGAGCCCGCAGACUUGAGCCGCUCCCACAAGGCCGCUCCCAUGCCUGAACAGACUGGCUCUGGCCGUGACGUCCACCCUGGAUUGCCGACCGCUGGAUCGGAGCAUCCCCACGGUGGUGCUGCGAGGCCUGUUUCUCUUGAUGAGAAGAACACUGCUGGGAAAUGA